AUGAAACUCCAAGUCUUCGCUGUUCUCUUCUUGAUCGCAGGCUCCUACGCCUUGCCCUCUUAUAACGAAGGUGUCGUCAUAGUUGGCCAAAAUGAGCUAGCUCAAAAAAGUAUCGUUGUCGAUCAAAUCAAAUGGGUAAUUGAACUGAUCAGUAACAUUAUCAAGGGCGUUGGUUUGGACCCCAUUGAACUCAAAGGAGAAAGGCUCGAUAUCGAAAUACCAUUCCUGUUGAAAUUCAAUGCCUUCAUUGAAAACUUCCGAUUCGCCGGUACCAGUAACAUCAAGAUUCACAACCUAGAGUACGAUCACAUCAUUAACAGACUGGACCUCGACGUUUCUCUCCCAGAGAUCGUUUUGGAAGUUGGAAACUCUGGCCUCUACAUCCAAGUCUUAAGCAUUUACGAACUCCUUGAUGCUGAAUUCAAGGGCAGAGUUUCAAUCAACUCGAUCCGUCUCGCUGCUGAAGUCAACGUUGAUGUCAGUAUCAUCAGCGGCAUUUCCCUACGAAGCCUUACAAUCGACCUUAGCCUUGGUGGCAUUCAGUCUGACCUGACAUUCAUAGUCAACAACAUUGAUGGCUCUGGAAUCCUCAACAAUAUUCUUAACGAAAGAAUUCCCAAUUACUUCAACGAAAACCGGGACCGCAUCAACGGAUACUUGGAAUUCGUUGUCAGUCUCAUUCUCCGCAUCAUCUGGGCCUGA